AUGGCCAGUCAGCAUGAACAUGUCGCUCUCCCUGAGACCUCUAGUCAGUCGAUGACAGUCGAUGCAUCAACAGCAUCAGCAGCAGCUAAUGCGUCAGCGCUAAAACACACCGAAGAGGUGGACUCAGAGGAGAAGUUGAUGGAUCUACUAAACCUAAGUGGCGAUGACAUAUCUGCGCAAGUCAAGGGAGAAGGGGGAGAACAGGAGAUGACGAUGGUGAAGAAGGAAGAAGAGGCAGUUGAGGAGAAGAUGAACCUCAACUGCACCACUGACUCAGUGACCAACAGUGGUCUGGAGAACAGCAUUGCCACGGUCAACAGUGACCAGUUGCAGCAGCACAUCAAGGUGGAGCUGAACAGUCCCAUUGAUGAGAUGAUUGCCGAGGCCAAUUUAGAUGGCGACAAGUUGGCCGCCCUUGAUCCGGCCGAGCUGGCAGAGACCACUGAGCAGAUCAUGCAGGAACUGAAAACCAUUUCGAGCAACUGUGAGCAGCAGCAGCAGUCUUCAGUGCCAUCUGAAAACAUCUUGACCGACAGUUUAGUUGGGCCGAACAGCCACAACAAUAACAACAACAACUCAGCGCCAGAAUUUGCCCAGCACCACAACUCUCCACUGAACAACAACUCCUCAUUUCCCAGUCCGGUAGAUAGUAAUAACAACCACCACUUGGGCAAUGGAACUGCAGCCAGCGUAUCGGUUAAUGUGCAGUCGGCCAUUCUGGAGCCACAGUCUUCGGUGAUGACAAACAUGUGCAAUGGAAAUGAGACUCUAAUGGAGCAAUCGAGUACCACCACUGGCAUGCAGUCACUGGAGCAGGAAAACAACAAAAUAGUCGAUACACUUGAUCUCUUUGAUGCGGACAUUGAGCAACUACUACUGAACGAGCAACCGGAACAUCACAACGACGAUCAGAAGCUACCAAACUACCCUGGAGACACCUUUAAUCUUGAUGGCCCCAAAUACGCUGCAAACUCAGGCGAGCAACAAGUAAUGUCGGCAAACGGUCAACAACAGCAGCCAAUGCAACAGCACUCAUCGAAUGGGACAUUCGUCCAAUGUCAAGGCCAGCCGCAGGUGACACCACCGCCGGCACUACUUCAGCAGCACAACCAACAGCUUCCUCCAAUGGCACCAAUGAUCAACACCACUUCCACCAACGGCCCUCUGCAUGUUGAGCAUCCCAUUCAGCAGACGCCCGACUACGACGACUACCACAACCUGAGCGAGUUUUCUUUUGACUCCAUCAACGGGGUGACCGGUGACGGGUCGAUGAUGGACUCGAUGAAUGGCCAUGAACUUGGCGAGAAGCUGCUGCACCGAGGACAGUCAGUGGGCAGCGAGCACAUGCACAUGUACGGAGAUGAUGCCGAGGCCGGCGGUGAGUGUUUCGACGACAUGGAGUCGGGCAUGCACGACGACGGCUCCAAUGGCUCGGGCGGCUCGUCUUCGGCUGGCUCUGGAAAGGGCAGUCGAACGGGCAAGAAGACGGGCAGCUCAAAGAACUACAUCGGCAAGCAGAACCUCUUUCAGGAGUUCCAGAGUGAGGACGUUGCCAAAGUGAGGGACAGCGAGAACCAGUACAUCAUUGCUCUGCAGAAAAACAUGAAGAUCGUGGGCUACCGGUGCGACUGGCCAGAGUGUGAGUUCCUCACCUGUCGAAA